AUGAUGAAGAAGGAGCCUAGAAGGCUGGAUUUUGGUGCAACCCCAGUAAUCUGCCUACUUGUUCUCCCUUUGCUAUAUGCUGAAUUUUUCGCAUUGAAUCCUGUUCCAUUUGAUCGAUGGAUGCAACACUUAUCGAAUUGGAGUGUUAGUCUCAGUACCAGAAAAUUUGAUGGAGUAGAAGAGAGCAAGUCCUUGAAAUCUGUGUUUAGAAGACUAGUGAGAGGAGAAGAUCGAACUGAGCUUGAAGCCACUGGAUUUGCAUGUGAUUCAGCCAUUCACUCGGUUGUCUGUGUUGCAAAUCGACCUGUAAGGAUUGACACCCUCACAAUGACUGUUCAUGCACCAUCUGGUCAACCUAUGGUCCCUGGUAAAAGCGUGGUUCAACCAUAUGCAAGGCAAGAAGAUGAUAAUCUUCUGAAAACAAUUACACCAGUGACUAUCGUUCACGGAAACAUCACUCCACCAGCUUGUCAUUACACCCACAAUGUCCCAGCCGUAAUCUUCUCAUCCAGUGGCUUCACAGGAAACCUAUUCCAUGAAUUCAAUGAAAUUAUCAUCCCUUUGUUCAUAACAACUCGCCACUUUCAAUCCAAUGUUCGCUUCAUCCUGGUCGAUUACAGACCUUGGUUUGUCAGCAAAUAUUACAGGAUUUUCUCACAUUUGUCUCGGUACGAGGUUAUGAAUCCGGCUGCAAACAGAAGUGUACAUUGCUUUCCAGGAGCGAUAGUUGGGCUAAAGUUCCAUGACAAUCUGGCCAUAAAUUCUAGCGAAAUCCCGGGAGGGUACUCCAUGCCUGACUUCAAGGAGUUCCUCAGAAAAUCAUACAAUCUGAAGAUAAAGAAUGUGUCAGAGAUAGAAAGACCAGUGUUGGUCCUAAUUUCUCGUCGGAAAACAAGAAUGUUCCUGAAUGAAGAUGAAAUGGUUGGUAUGAUGAAGGAGCUAGGCUUUCAAGUUGUCGUUGCCACAAGACCCAACAGGAUGUCAAAUUUGAACAAAUUUUCCAAGGUGGUGAAUUCAGGAAGUGUACUGAUUGGAGCUCAUGGUGCUGGCCUUGCAAAUGAAUUGUUCUUAUCUGCCGGGGCGGUAAUGGUGCAAGUGAUGCCACUGGGGCUCAACUGGGCAGCGAACGCCUAUUUUGGAGAACCGGCUCAUGGGAUGGGGGUGCAGUACUUGGAGUACAAGAUCAAACCAGAGGAGAGCUCACUCCUUGAUCUGUACGGACAAGAUCACCCCAUAAUUGUCGAUCCAGCAUCCAUAUUCGCAAAGGGCUACCAAGCUGCUAGGGCCGUGUACGUUGAUCAGCAGAAUAUGAAGAUUAACAUGGUGAGGUUUAGCAAGACCCUUGUUGAAGCAUUAAGACUUACUGGAUACUCAGCUCCUUCAAGUUAG